CGCAUGUCCGGAAACAUUACAAGACAAGAUGAGUUUUGGAUAUCCAACCUUACGACCUCAGAAUGAUGGUGAUCAACCAAUCAAAUUGCCAAAAGGACCGUACAGUGUUCCAGAAACUUUGACAACUGGUUUGAAGAAUGCUCGGGAUACAACGCCUGGACACCCUUUAGAAUAUUCUGAAAAACAUUGGGCUGAAAAUCAAGAAGCAAUGGAUUUUAUGAUGUUGAGAAAUAUGCAGGGAAUUCACAUGCCUCUCAGAUUAAAAAUGGAACAGAAUAUAACAUCUAAGAUGCAGAGAUUACCUUGUUUACCCAGCUCUCAUGUAAUGUUGGAUACCCUCACAGGACGAAAUACAACAGUAGAUUUUGAUGAUAUUUUAAAUGUGAGAGAUGAAGCAGAAGUUUUGGGUCACCCUCACGUUCUGACGUCACUCAAAUAUUAAAAUAUUCAGAAUUCAUCAUUAUAUUAUUUUGUAUCAUAUUGAUUAAAUCAUUUACAUUCU